CUGCAGGUACACACAACCCCUCGCUUCGCACUCUCUGUCCCCUUUGCUUCUCUCUGUUGUGUCUCUUUCUGUUUCCCGUGUCGGAGUGUCUCCCCCGUGUGUCCUGUCCUGUCCCGCCGGGCGGCGCUGCCGGUUGGUGGAUGUUCGCAUCUUGUUGUGACAGGAAAAUGUGUGUAUGUCCCGGGCCCAGGCGGAUCGGCGUGCCAGGCAGAAGCUGUUCUCCCUCCUUACUGCUCGAUGCAAUGUCAGCUCCAACCCGGUUUCUUUUUCCUCUGAUUAGGAAUUGUGAAUUGGGCAGAAUAUGCAGUUCUGUGUGUUACUGCCACCACAAGCAUCUUUGUUGCUCAUCGAGGCAUUCUUUCUUAAAACUAGGGGCAGAUACGAGGCACGCAUCAGCCUUUCUAAACCCCAGGGAUCGAUGUGCUCAAGUGAGGAGAUACGUAACUACUCCUCAAAGGUUUUAUCUCACCCCACCACAGGUCAACAGUAUCCUGAAGGCCAACGAAUACAGUUUUAAAGUUCCAGAAUUUGAUGGAAAAAAUAUCAGCUCCAUCCUUGGGUUUGACAGCAACCAGCUGCCAGCCAAUGCUCCAAUUGAGGACAGGAGAAGCGCAGCUACAUGCUUGCAGAGCAGAGGGAUGCUGCUUGGUGUGUUUGAUGGACACGCCGGUUGUGCUUGUGCUCAGGCAGUUAGCGAGAGACUCUUCUAUUACAUCGCUGUUUCUCUUCUACCUCAGGAGACACUGCUUGAAAUUGAAAAUGCUGUGGAAAGUGGCCGAGCUUUGUUGCCCAUAUUACAGUGGCACAAGCAUCCAAACGAUUACUUUAGUAAGGAGGCUUCAAAGCUGUAUUUCAAUAGUUUACGGACCUAUUGGCAAGAGUUGAUUGACCUAAAUACAGGGGAGACUACUGACGUCAAGGAAGCACUUAUUAACUCAUUUAAAAGACUUGAUAAUGACCUGUCUUUGGAAGCUCAAGUAGGAGACCCAAACUCAUUUUUAAACUACUGGGUCUUGCGUGUAGCCUUUUCUGGAGCAACUGCCUGCGUGGCUCAUGUGGAUGGGGUGGAUUUGCAUGUUGCCAACACAGGUGACAGUAGGGCACUUCUUGGUGUCCAGGAGGAAGAUGGAUCUUGGUCAGCAGUGACAAUGUCUCACGACCAUAAUGCUCAAAAUGAUUCUGAAGUAUUAAGAUUAAAAUCGGAACACCCGAAGGAGGUUAAGUCUGUUGUGAAACAGGAUCGACUUCUUGGAUUACUGAUGCCGUUCAGAGCUUUUGGUGAUGUCAAGUUUAAAUGGAGCAUUGACCUCCAGAAACGUGUUGUGGAGUCUGGCCCAGAUCAACUCAAUGAUAACGAAUACACGAAAUUUAUCCCUCCUAACUACCACACCCCUCCUUAUUUAACUGCUGAGCCUGAAGUGAUAUAUCACAGGUUACGUCCAAAGGAUAAAUUUCUCAUACUGGCUACUGAUGGUCUUUGGGAAACCAUGCAUAGACAAGACGUGGUACGAAUUGUAGGCGAGUAUCUAACAGGGGUUCAUCACCAGCAGCCUCUAGCUGUUGGAGGGUACAAAGUCACUCUGGGGCAGAUGCAAGGGUUAUUAAUGGAGAGAAGGGCCAGGAUUUCCUCCGUGUUUGAAGAUCAAAAUGCUGCCACCCAUUUAAUACGUCAUGCGGUGGGCAACAAUGAAUUUGGAGCUGUAGACCACGAGCGUUUGUCAAAAAUGCUCAGUCUUCCAGAAGAAUUGGCCCGGAUGUACAGAGACGACAUUACAAUUAUAGUGGUUCAGUUUAACUCGCACGUCAUUGGGGCAAAUAAAGAGUAGUGAUUACACUGUGUGUGGAUUACCUAUAGCUACCAAAGUACAAGGGGUAAAGCAACUUGCUCUCUGAAGGAUAACCUGAUUUCUUUGAAUAAUAUCCCAUGUGCUUCAGUUUGAUCUAUAUACUGCUGCUCACCUCUUAAGAGAUGGAAUACAUGGAUCAAUUAAGAACAUGUUUCAUAACCAACGUAUGCAGUUUUGGGACUUGUUUUCUGAAGUAUUUUGUCCACAUGUUAUCUAUGCAGUUGCAGCACUUAUUUAAUGCUCCUUAUUUAAAGAAAACAUUUUUUUUUUUUUUUUAACUUGUUGGUUAGGGGGUAUCCUUUGAGAAAUGAGGCUAUUGUUUGGCAAUAUGGCAAAAAAAAAAAAAUCAGAACACAAUUUUUUAUGUUUUGUUCUCCUCAUUUUUCUGUGUAUAAAGUAUGUGUCUGCUGCACUGUGUACCUUAAAUAACCGUUAGUGUGAACUCCAUGCUUGCAGAUAAUUGGGGAAAACUCCUUCCCAGUUCCUGCAAAGAAUCCAUGUUCAAAAGUCUGUUUUGUUAUGUUUCCAUAUCGGAAUCCUAUUCAUCUUUCUUGCUUCCUUGCAACUCAAUAUUUCAGGAUGCUGACUAGCACUUAUUUACCUAUAAUUAUCAGCAUGCCUUUCUCAAUUUAAGACUCAAGAAGCAUGAUCUUGAUUGGGAUGUGUCUUCCAGAUUAAAGCACGGCCAUUGAGUGAAGCACUGAAAGGUUAAGAAUGGCCUAGCAUAUCACAUUACAAUGAGGCACUGAUAGUGUCAGGCCAUCGCACUUUGUAUAGGCGGGUUUCUGUUUAAUUGGUGCACUAUGGACUAGUGAAAUAGUGCUUAAACAGUUUCCACAAAAUUAUAAAAAUGUCAUGUUUUACCAUUCACUUAGUUCUGCAUAGAGGCAGGGCUUUGUAAGUUGUUUGUAUGGCUUGUGAACCUGUAGGCUGUACACCACAUAGAACUGGCUGGUUAUCGGUGUCACAGCAGUGUCCCCUGAGGAUCCAGCCAGUAGUAAUGAGCUUUACUAUACAGGGGACUACUCUUUUUAUUGUUUGGACACGUUUUAAGUGCCUUUGUGGCAUUGCCUGUGAACAUCAAACUUUGAAUUAGGGGACUCUAUUUCGAAUCCAAAUACAAGCCACACAUGAUUGCCCUGUGUGAUGAACCCUUUAUCUGUAAACCUGCGGCACUCUGUUACUGAGGGAAGCCAGGGGUUCCUUUUUAAAGAGCCCACUAUCUCUCUCAAGCACUCCUGGUUACAGAGGGAAGGGAAGGGGCAGUAGGUCAGAAAUAAAUGAUCUGCUAGUGGUUUCUAAUGAAAUAAAUAAAAUAUGGAUUUUAUAAUAGAGAAAUGUUUUCAACAUAAGCUCUAUAUAUAUAUAUAUAUAUAUAUAUAUAUAUAUAUAUAUUUAUAUAUUAAAAAAAAAUUAUAUAAUUACAGUAAAGAUCAGUUUGCAAAAUGAACUGCUCCAAUUGAGGGGAAUUGCCAGGUCUGUUAACAUCUCAGGCUAUCAGAUGCCAUGGGGAGAGGGUUAACUUUAUGGAUGUUCAUGCAGACCGAUGGCAGCAGAGCCCACCCUUAUCUAUAAAUACACAUAUUCAUAGAAGGGAUACACAGUAUAUGCUGUGUGCUCAUACAUUACUGUCUAUUUAAAGAGAGCCUGACUGUCAAACAGCUUGUCUACUAGUUUAGGCGCUAGGAAUGUAUGGGACCCAUGGGUUUUCUUUUGAAUUUACUAAAAUACAGCUAAAUAGAUAACCAUCUACCUAAUUUGUUUUGCCAUGAACACAUUUUAGCUGCUGGAUAAGUUGACAUCUGUUGCAAGGGUUGUCUUAUUACAGAGGAACAGUGACUUGGACAACAAUACACUAUAAGCAAAGGCGUUGCGUCUUGCUGUGUAAUAGAGCCCAUACUGGUUGUAAAAGUACCAAUGCUUCCAAGGUAGUGAUAUGUACCAGGGCUGAGUGCUUGCUAUUAUAGAGUACUGGUUUCAGAAGCCAGAAAGUGCAUUCGUAAUGACCAGUUAAUAUGUAGCUGGGAGAACUAAAGGAGAACUAAAGCCUGGGUUGGUAUGCGCCAUGUCAGGUCUACUUCUCUGUAGUCUUGUGACAGGAGCAAUUGUAGUUGUAGAACUGGCAUAAUCACACAUGCUCAGUGUUGGCGAGUGCAGGAAAGGUACCUGAAGUGAUGCCUGCCUACCCUGCUGCACUGCUGGGCUCUCCAGAACAAGUACAGCCAAUGGGCAAGCUUAGGGGGGCCCUCAGUGGUGCAGUUUGGGCUUUGGAGGGGGGAAUGAUUAUUAGGCUUUAAAGCUGCAGUGCAUGUUUGGUGAUUCAGGAAGAAUAAUGUAUUCUAUUAAAGCUGUGUCUAAAUAAGCCUUGCACACACUCACAUGCUUUCCCUUUGGGGAGUAGCUGCAUGUGCUAUCUCUAUUAGCAGAAACAAAGAUGGCUUUUCAUGUAAAGCAUUCGGCAUAAUGUAACUGGAAGCUUGCUGCCUGCCAGCCCUCCUACAGCCAUGUCACAGGCUACAAAUUCCUAAUGUGCACCCCCCACUGUCAUGGCCCUUUCCACCCUGCUAUAUAGGGACAGCAUAGCCCUGUGUUCAGCAUAAAUUUUGUACUUUGUCUCCUUUUGAUUAUGAAAAAUCUGUUUGUGUAAUUUCUUGAGCUAAAAAUGGCAGGCCAAGAAAUUGACACCGACUUCAGUUUGAAACUUCCUGAUUUUUACAGGCACUUGAGGAAGGAAAGGUAGUGUAUCAGAUAACCCCCUGCAUAAUGGACUUGUCACAACAAAGGGGUGAGGCCAAUGUUGAAUUGUUUUAUACACCAGCAGAGAAUGUUCUGCCACCUUCCGCCCCGUGUGUUGGCUCAGCAUGGAAUUCGCCUGUCACUCACAGGCUUCCUUCAGAAAAAUAACCACAUUUAGUAGACAAAACCUGCCCCUUGUGUGCAAUGACAGGCAGUUUCCAUACAAAUCAAUAACUGAACAUGUGGGGGUGGUAGGGAGCCAAAGCAUUGGUUACUCUGCAGGUAGAUAAAAAUGCCACAAAUGACAUUUGCCUUAAGGAUAUGAUUGUUUUAAAGGGGUAGUUCACCUUUGUUUGAUGUUCUGCUACCUAUUAAGUAUGUUAUAGAAUGGCCUGUAGUCCCUGCCUCUUUCCAGCAUUCAAAUAGGGGUCAGUGACCCAGGCAGCCAAAAAAAACUAUUGCUCCCAUAGACUCAUUUUAUCUCCCAGGUCUAAUUCACUAAGCUCCCAUCUGUUUAUAUGUACUAUGCUUCUCUGCACUUUCUCAUAGGCAACCAGUAGUUUUACACUUGUGUAUAUAUAAUUCAGCAAUAUGUAACCAUCAUAUGGUAUCUUAUCUUUUAACCCGAGUGUUGAAGUAUAUGCUUUAUGUUGUUCAUAUAUUAACUUAAUAAAAAAAAAAAGGGGGUCUUAAGCAUGUUUGGUACCUGCAUUACUUUGCUAAUGCCCAUACAGUCCACACACCUUUUGCCCUCCUUUUCCUUGGCACUGCAAUGCCACUAAUACUGGCAGAGAGGGGCUUCAGGGGGCACUCAUUCUCUCUUUUGUGUCCUGUUCACAAUAAGGACUUGAAUUUAGGUCAAUUGGCACAGAGUUAUUCCAACUAACUACACUGCUUAGCCCAACUGAUCUGUUACAGUAUUGACACUUUUCUGUUUAUUGCAUCUGUUAUUACAUGUACUCAAUGUUUAUAUUCUAUAGAGGAAUUUGUAAGUGAAUGCUGUUCGGUAGCGUAUUGCUUGUAUUUUAUUAAAUACCUGAAAAAAUGCAA